UCCCUUCUUUCUGUCCGUUUUGCCCUCCUUAUUUUCCCGCACUUCCCCGGCAAAAAAAAAACCCAAAUUCAUAACCAAAAAUUCACACCCUCCCUCCUUCAAAUUCCCAACCAAUUCGAUUUCACCCGAAAAUCGAAUUCCCAACCAUGGACAUCUCCCUCCUCUACGACGCCGUUUCAGUAGCCAACACCCCCGCGCAAGGUCUAGGGUUCUCAAAUUUCCCGAUUCGCAACCAUCACCUCACCUCCACCAACCAAAUCUCCGUCGCCGAUUCCCACCCCGACGAAUCCCCACCGUCCAACUCCUCCCUCCAGAUCUCCGCCUUCAUCUGCCCCGUCGACGCCGUCGCUCCGCCGCGCGUGCGUUCCAACUCCUACAAAACCGCCACCCGCACCCUCCUCCGCAAGAAGCGGCGCACCAGGCGGAGAUCGUCGAGCGGCGAUGACUCCAACGACGGCGGCGGCGAGGAGGACGGCGGGUUCUUCGGCGGCGACGGCCCGUUUUUCAACGGCGGAUGGGGCGGCGGCGGCGGCGGGGGUUGGAAUUUCGAUAGAUUCGGAGGGCAUAAUUGGGAUGAUUCGUCGUCGUCGCGGUCCGAUCCGGCGUUCGAUUUCGUCUACGAGGUGAUGGGUUGGAUUGCGCUUUCGAAUUGCGUGCACUUUGCUUUCAAGAGGGUGAUUCGAAUCGUGGCGGAUGGGUUAGGCGAUGCGGAGAGAGAGAAGGUGCCUAUGAGAUUGGCUUCGGUCUGCUGACUCGGUAUUGUUUCGUUCUCACCUGCUCAAUGUAUCAGAAUUUGGGUUUAAUUUCUUUGUUUGUUUGGGUAUUCAUUUGAUGCUCAAUUUGUAUAUAUAUAUUAUUGUAUAUAUUUUCGAUUGGUAUUCUGAAUAGAUGGUAUGGUCAUUUCAGUAA